AUGUUUGCCUGCCUCCAACAUCAUCAGAUCAAGAGCCUGUCGCACCUGGACCCCCUGGUCCUGUUCUCUGGGGACGCGUUCAACCCUUCCCUUAUGUCAACCAUGACGCUGGGAAAGCAGAUGGUGCCAGUGCUGAACGCGGCGGACUAUGGUCUGGACAAUUUUCUGGCCCUGCGCGAGGCCUGCAACUUCCCCUGGCUCAUUGCCAACGUCCUGGACGCCCGCACGGGCCUGCCGCUGGGCGGCUGCCAAGCCACUCUUGUCAUUGAACACGCGGGAGUGAGGGUGGGGCUCAUUGGACUGGCUGAGCAGGACUGGGUCGACACCCUCCCGUGUGUGGAGGAAGAUGACAUCACCUACAUCGACUUUGUCUCUGAGGGCCGCCGCCUGGCGGCCGAGCUGCGGGAGGGCCAGGGUGUCGACCUGGUAGUGGCGCUGACCCACAUGCGGGAGCCGAACGACAUGCGGCUGGCUGAGGAGGUGGAGGGCAUCGACCUGGUGCUGGGAGGCCACGACCACUUCUACGGCGUCAAGAGGCCGCAGCCGCACGGCACGCCCGUGGUGAAGAGCGGGACAGACUUCCGGGAGCUCAGCAUCGUCACAGUCACGCUGCCGCCGCGCUCAGGGGACGGCGGCGGCGGCGGCGGCGGCACAUUAAUCCAGAAUGGGACCCCUGAGGGCGUCAAAGGACAGCAGCAGCAGCAGCAGCAGCAGCAGCAGCAGCAGCAGCAGCAGCAACAGCAACAGCGAGACCAGGGUCCGAAGCAGGAGCCGGAGCAGCAACAGGAGAAGCAGCAAGAGCAGCAGCGGCAGGAGCAGCAGCAAAAGUCGGCGAGGCCGCGGCCCGACGUGGAAGUAGAGCGGGUGGAGGUGGGCUCGUCGGCGCCGGAGGACCCUGAGACGGCCGCGGUGGUGGAGGAGUUUGCGGCGCUGAUGGGGUCGAAAAUGGAUGUUGCGAUUGGGCACACAGCAGUGGACCUGGACGGGCGUUUCGCCACG